AUGUCUCCAACCCUUAAUAUUACUCAUAUUGGCACUGCCACUGCCAUCCUUGAAAUUGAUGGCGUCAACUUUCUGACAGACCCCUUCUUUUCCCCUGCCGGUACCGCCUGGGACGCAGGCCGUAUCAUCCUGAAAGUGACAGAAGACCCCGCUCUCCGACUAGAUCAAUUGCCUGUGAUCGAUGCGGUACUUCUGAGUCACGAAGACCAUCCCGACAACCUGGACGAGCUCGGACGUCAACUCCUAGACGGACGCCAUGUCUUCACCACCGUCGACGGUGAAAAGAAUCUUAGACCCCGUCCAGCUGUGUACGGCAUGAAGCCAUGGGAGAAGCGAGAAACCAUCAUUGCUGGCAAGAAAUUCGAGAUUAUUGCCACUCCAACUCAGCAUGUCCCCGGGGAUGAAUGCACCGGCUUCAUUGUCACCGGGGACGAUUUUGGAACUGGUCGUGACGGCCUUCCUAACGCGAUUUAUUUCACUGGUGAUACAGUCUACAUCGAAGAAUUAGACUCCAUCGCCGACAGGUAUCACAUUCGUGUAGCUGUGGUGAACCUUGGAAAUGCUCAUGUCCCUAUGACGGAGGAUCCCAAUGGCCCUCUCAUGCAGAUCACGAUGGGCGGCAAGGAUGGAGCAAAGCUAUUCCGCGCCAUCAAGGCGGAUGUUCUGGUUCCAAUGCAUUAUGAAUCUUGGGGACAUUUCACCCAGUUCGGGGACGAGCUACGUCAGGCUUUUGAGGCUGAGGGCAUCAGUGAUAAAAUUUGCUGGCUUAAAGGUGGUGAAAAGAUCACAGUUCUUUGA